AUGGCAGGAAGGUAUGAUAGGUCUCGUUCAAGAGAACGUAGGUAUGAUAGAGAUAGUAGAAGCGUUAGUAGGCACCGAAGAAGUGAUUAUAGAAGUAGUGAUUAUUCAAGAGAAAGAGAUGAUAGAAGAAGGUAUUAUGAUAGGUAUGACAGAAGAGAAUAUAGUCCAAGAGAUAGGAUAAGGUAUAAAUCAAGUAGAAGAAGAACAAGGAGGGAAUAUAGUCGUAAUGAAGACAGAGAAGACAGACAUAGAAGAGUACCUGAAGAAGAACGUUAUAAUCGAAGCAUUAGAAGAAGAGCAGAUAGAUCUCCAUCUUUAUCACCACUUGGAGAUAAACUUCCUUCAAGAUGGGACGAACAGCCAAAAGCUAUUGACUCUGUUCAAAUAUCUCAACAAUUAAAUGUACACCAAGAACGAGCAGCUAAAAGAAUUUAUGUUGGUAAUAUUAAUUCUUCUACAUCAGAAAAAGAUAUUGUUGAUGCAUUUAAUGAAGCAAUGAGAAGAGGAGAUUAUGUAGAUAAAAAUGAUACCCGUGAUAUUAUUACUCACAUAGAAGUAAAUUAUGAAAGGUCAUAUGCAUUUCUUGAAUUUAGAACAUUAGAAGAAGCAGUUAAAGCAUUGUCUCUGGAUGGUUUAACAAUUAAAGGAGCAUCAGUUAAAGUGCGUAGACCAAAAGAUUAUAAUCCUGUUUUACCAUUUAUUAGUGGUCUUUCUCAAUUAAUGGAACCAGGAACAACAAAUCCCAGAGAAUCUAUUUUAUAUAUGGGUAAUAUUCCAUUACAAAUGACUGAUGAACAAAUACGCAAGAAAUUAGAGAAUUUAAAUCCAUUAAAAAAUUUCUUUGUUAUAAGAGACCCUGACCUUGGAGCACCACAAGGAAAAUGUUAUUGUUUAUUUGAAUAUCAAAACCCUGAAUAUAAAGAGAAAAUUCUAACAUUUGAUGGAAUCAAUUUAGGUGGAAAUAAAAUUGAAGUGUGUAGUGGAGUAGAUGGAUUUAAGCACCUACCAAAAGCUUCUUUAAAUGAACUAUUUUCAAAGAUGUUUCCUCAUACUACUGAUUUAGUAAUUGGAACCUUAUUAAAUUCAUCUGUUGGAUAUUCUACUGUGUUUGAGAAAAUAUUAAAACCAUCAGAAAAGAUAGAAGACCAACAUGUCAGUAGAAUUAUUAUCAUAUUUAAUAUGGUAUAUCCAGAAGACCUUACCGACCAACAACGAUAUAUUGAAUUAAUUGAUGACAUUAGAUUUGUAUGUCAGGAAUAUGGAGAGGUUGAGAGUAUUAGUAUUCCAAGACCAACUGAAGAAAAUAAAAAACCAAGUGGUCUUGGAAGGGUCUUUAUUGAAUUCAAAACUAUUGAAGGAGCAAUUAAAUGUUGGAAAGAAAUAAUAAAAAAAAGAUAUGACAAUAGAUCAUUAUUAGUUGGGUUUUAUAGUGAAAAGAAAUAUGCAAAUAGAAUGUUUGGAUACAUGGAAGAAGAAAAAGAUGAAGAAGAAGAGAAAGAUACUCGAAUGGAAGAAGCUCCUAAUGAAUUAUCUCAAAACACAACAACAGAAAUAAAAGAAAAUGAUAAUCAAAAUAUAGCCAUAACAAAAGAAUUACCAAAUCCAUCACUUCAAAAUGAAAUGAGAGAAAACAUUCAUCAAAAUGAAAAUGGUCAAGAAGAAAAAAUAAAAGAAGAAACAAAAGAAAAUAACAAUCAACCCAAUGACUUGAAAGAAAUUAAAAUUGAAGAAGAAAUAAAUCCUCAAAAUAAUAUUCAAGAAACUAAAAUGGAAGAGGAAAAAACAGAGACUAAAAAUCAACAUGAAGUUACAAACGAAAACUUACUAAACUCAUUACCCCAAAAUGAAAUAAUGGAGACUAAAAACAAAUACAAAACAAUGAAAUAA